UCCAUGGCACUCAGUUGCUGCGGACGGCUUCCGAAAUCUGGUGCGGUCCCGGUCACUUCGACCUGGGAACUCCCGCAGUCUCCUCACGGGCACUUCCGGGACGCGAUUAUGGCGGCGCGAAACGGGCCCUGCGCCGCUCUCCGCUGGCCGUCCUACAGCGCCUCCUUGGUUCCCGGCGAGUUCCACAGAGACAGGAAAAGGCCUUUCGAGGGCCGGUCCCAUGCACGGGAUGGCUGGGGUUUGCUGGAAAUGGUUUGCAGGGGGAGUAUGCACAUCCACAGCCAAGCUGAAUGGAAAAGUGGCAGUGAUCACAGGAGGCAACACUGGCAUAGGGAAGGAGACUGCCAAGGGUCUUGCACAAAGAGGUGCUCGUAUCAUCAUUGCCUGCAGAAACAUGGCAAAAGGGAAUGCUGCUGCCCAUGAAAUCAGAACUGAAACAGGGAAUCAGCAAGUUAUUGUGAAAGAAUUGGACCUGGCUGAUUGCAAAUCUAUACGGAGAUUUGCUAAAGAUUUCCUGAAAGAGGAGAGCAAGCUCCACAUCCUCAUUAACAAUGCAGGCGUGCUGAUGUCGUCCUACACCAAGACUGCUGAUGGUUUUGAAAUGCAUAUAGGAGUCAAUCACCUUGGGCAUUAUCUCUUAACUUUCCUGCUCCUAGACCUUUUGAAACAAUCAGCCCCAGCUCGAAUUUUGAAUGUAUCCUCAAUCAUCUAUUGUUGUGGGAUAAUUGACUUUCAGAACCUGCAAGGAGAGAAGUUCUAUAAUUGGUUCCUGGCAUAUAGUAAAAGCAAAUGCGCUAAUAUACUAUUUACCAGGGAGUUGGCAAGCCGACUGCAAGGUACUGGAGUUACUGUAAAUGCCUUACAUCCUGGGGUAGUUUAUACUGGAUUUGGACAUCAGUUCUGGCACGUGAAAUGUUGGCAAACUCUCUGUCGGUUCAUGCUGAAAACACCAAAGGAAGGAGCCCAAACUAGUAUAAACUGUGCAGUGGCAGAGGAACUGGAGUCAGUGACCGGCAAGUAUUUCAGUGACUGCAAAGAAGCAUGCGUUGCUCCUCAGGGUCGUGAUGAAGAUACAACAAAAAAGCUCUGGCAGAUCAGCUGUGAGCUGUUGGGCAUCCAGUGGGAAUGAACUGGGGAGAGCCUGAGAAAGACAUGACAGACAGAAUACAAAAACUAAGCACCUAUCUCAUCUACCCAUGUCUAUUGUUGGGGCCUUCAACUUGGUUAGAUUAUAUAUUUGUGUCUAAUAAUAAGAGUGUGCAAAGCAGAUAAAGGUUUGAUAAAAGUGACAGAUCAUGCUUUGUAAGUAUGAAUCAAAAUUAAAUGUGAUUAUAGAUAAAAGAUGGAAAAUAGAUGUAAAUAUUUUGCAAUACAAAGAUAUAACAGAUAGAAUUGAAAAAAUUAAGAGAGAUAUAGGAGAUUAAUGAUAGAGAAGGUAGUCAAGAAGAUUUGAUUUGGAAUACAAUGAAGGCAGUUGCAAGAGGGCUAGAUAUUAAAGAAGCGUAUAAUUUAAGAAGGCAAAGACUUAAAUGUGUGGAAAUUUUAGAAGGACAAAUAAAAGAAUUUAAGAAAAAGUAUAUAAAAUAGAGACAUACAUAUUUUAACAGUAAUUCAAGAUAAAAGAGCCAGUGUGGUA